UUCAUUCAAAUGGUUCUAAACCAUCACUCUAUGGUUGACAGUGAUCUAGGUUCGGAUCAUGCUAGUAUCCGGAUAUCCGGUAUGAAGAGUGAAUCCGCAUCUAUGUGCUCCAGUAGCCGGAUUCUGUACGAUGUACCUUGUAAGGUAUGUGGAGAUUACUCCUCUGGAAAGCACUAUGGUAUAUUUGCUUGUGAUGGCUGUGCAGGCUUCUUUAAAAGAUCAAUAAGACGAGGACGAGAAUAUUUGUGUAAAUCUAGAGAUGGAGGUUCAUGUAAGGUGGAUAAGAUGCAUAGGAAUCAGUGUAGAGGAUGCAGGCUCAACAGAUGUUUAGAGGUUGGGAUGAAUAAAGAGGCUGUUCAGCAUGAACGAGGACCAAGGACUGCAACUAUAAGACGUCAGAUGGAUUUAAUGAUUGGAGAAAAAUCCCCCGUUUCAUCUUCUCAAUAUCUUCCUAUUAACCCUACAUUUUUCCCCAUGUACAGACCUAACAUUUCCCCUCCUCUCUUUUCCUCAUCUCCGACCCGCCCAACAUCUGCCACGCCCCCUUCUCCGCCUCAACCUGCCUCCGUUACUUGUGAAAUCGCUGCCCGCCUUUUAUUCAUAAAUUCUCAUUGGAUCCAAACCCUACCCUCCUUUUCUAACUUAUCUACGGAGGAAAGGUCUGAAAUGGUUUCUCAGUCCUGGAAAGAUUUAUUUCUCCUGAGUUCAGGACAGUAUUUAACCUCUGCAGAUAUCUCCGGUUUAAUCCCGACCUCGGAGCAGGUUUCGGAGAAGGAUCUUCAGGAUAUGAGAAGACUAAAGGAUCUUUUAUCCCGGAUUCAUGAGACCGACCUGGAUUCCACAGAGUUCGGUUGUAUCCGAGCAAUCCUUCUUUUCAAAGCAAACCUAAACCUACCUGGAGUACCGGAUUUACUCAACCAAACCCAGGGAACCCUGGCUAGAUAUCUAGCUCUAGCUAAACCAGAUCAGCAUCUCAGGUUUCAUCAGGUCCUACUCCUUCUCCCUGGGUUCAGUUCUGUCUCCUCCUCUACCAUACAACACCUAUUCUUUAAAUCUACAAUAGGAGAAGAUGUACUAAUUGAUAGAAUAGUUAUUGAUAUUUUCAAAUCCUCUGCUUUCUCAAAGACUGAACCAGAUUUAAAUUAA